AUGCUAACGAGAAGACUUAUACAGUGGCUACCGGCCUUUAUAUUACUGAUAUCAGGAGUCAUGGCCAUGGAUCAUUCAAACCAAAUAAUUUUAGCACCUACAUCGGUUGCAAAUAACGAGAAUGCUGAUGCGACAGAUACAGCCGUAGUCGCGGAUCAGUCACAGGAAUCUACCUCUAACAACGUAUAUAUAUCUGGUGAUUUGUUGUGUAACGAUGACGAUUGCUAUCCUUUAUUAUUCGAGCCUUCAUCUGAAUGGCAAAUAGUAAAACCGGAACAAAGAUUACCAGCCGGUCUAGACAUUAGGGUCAAUUUAGAGACUGGUCUAAAAGAAGCAAAAUUAGGAGAAGGUAAUAUGGUAACCAAUAAUAAUAAUAAAGAAAAGGAAGAUACUAAUAAUGCAGCAGAAAUGAUAGAAGAAACAUCUAAUAUGGUUAAGAAAGAUGAAAGUGCAGUAAAUAACAAUUAUGAAUUUUCUGAACAAUUUGUUGCGAUUAGAGGGUUCUUAAAUAAGGGCCAAUACCCUGAGGCUGCAGGACAAUUAGAGGAUAUAAUGGAAUUUGCUCAUGACUACAAACAAGGCUAUAAAAUCGCCACUAGAGAGUUUGAUCUAUUACAAUCCGUGGCAUUGAAUGAGUCUAUCCCAAUCAACGUUAGAGAACUAGACACUCGUGUUAUCGUUGCAUGUAUAAGAAAUAAUCCACCUGUCGUAGAAUACAUCGAACAGAAUUAUCCAAAUUUUGUCAGAGAUAUUUUCAAUAACAUUAAUGAGGUGAAAAAAGUAACUGAUGACGUUCAAUUGCUGGUGAAAAGAUUCAUUAAUAUCCUAACUGUGUUGAUCGACUCUGAUCCAACAUAUAUUGUAGGUGUAGUUGAUUUCGAGACCCUAAGACGCGUCUUCUAUACCAUCGAUGACAAGCAAUUGAAGAUGAGAAUCUUAGAGAUUGUCUCAGCUUUCAUUGAUAGAGUUCAUCAUGAGGAUAUUGCACCUGUCAUGAAAAGAGACGGGAUCCUGUUUGUCAUUCCGCAGAUUCAGGACUGGGUUAAAGAAUUCUCAAGGUAUGUUAAAGAUGCAGACAUUGAAGAAGACCAUUUGAGAAAAUUCUUUAACACUUUAUACAAUCUGAAGACAGAUUUCGGUAAAGAUAUCAAAGUAGAUACACCAUUCUUAAAUUGGCUAAUUAACCAAGUUGAAGAAAGAAAGGCUCAUUUAGCAAAUGGUGAGGAACCAAGAGACCCCGAACAGGAUGAAUUUGAUAGAAAACUGAUCAACAGUAGACACUUGGUCUUUGGCAACGAAAUGGCUGAUUCUAUUAAGAACUUUCACGAUGAACUAUAA